UUCAAAUGUGCGUCAACAGUCACUGUGAUAUUAUAUUUAUUUUAGUAAUUAAACACAGGAUGCAUUAUGCAAAAUGGACGGCUGUUUUUGUUCAAAUACUUAUUAUACCAAACUUUGCAUUCUAUCAUAUAAAAUCAAUGAAAACAAUUGUCCCAACAAAGAAUCUAUAUUUAUCUAAAGAUUCAUACUUUGGAUAUAGUAUCACUUAUCAACCAUAUAUACGAAGUUUGGUGAUAAGUGCUCCAAUGGCGAACUUUACAGGACACAUAUAUAUUUAUGAUAUAGACAAAGACUAUUUAAUAAAAGAUAACAUAAAUGUAACAACAGAUGACAGUAAUACGCACCCAUGGCUCGGAGCAACGGUUAAGACGGGAAAUUCUUUUUAUACGACUUGCGCUCCACGACCAGUCACUAUUAUGAAUCGUAAGCUUAAGCGUAGUGGUACUUUUGGACAAUGUUUCACAAAGAUUUUCGGAGUUAAGAAUGAAACGAUCGACAUGCCUCAGAUAUCGAAGAAAGAUCGCAUGAAGGAUUUCGUGACAUUUGGACAAAAAAUGGAUACGUUUGGAUGGACUAUGGAUAUCACGGCACACGACCGCAUAUUGGUCGGUGGUCCAGGAAUGGUAAAAGGUCGAGUAAUUCAAUACACAGACAUAAGAAAAACCCCACAACUAAUAUUGCCAGAAAAUGAAUCUUCAAAACACAAUGGUGAUAUGAAAUUCUUCAACUUUGGGUACGGUAUAGCCAGCGGCAAAUUCAUCUCUGAAAACAUUUCUUAUGCUAUCAGCACUCCAUACGGUAACAAUGGAGUGGGUCAGCUAUUAUUCUAUGACGAAAAUGGAAAAUAUGAAGGCAAGAUAAUGGAUUCGAAGUCAAGAUUAGGAACUCUAUUUGGUGCAGUUCUAUGCACAGUGAAGCUAACUAGCAAACAAGACUCUUUAUUUGUUGGUGCUCCUACUUAUGUACCUGAAGACACAAGCGAUGAUGAUGUCGGGGCUGUACAUAUAUACAUGAUGAAGAAUAAGUUCCAGUUAACAAAGACUAUCAAAGGAACACAUGUAGGCGGUCGGUUCGGCAGCGCUAUUGUCAACCUCGGAGAUAUUGAUUUAGAUCAAAGAGAUGACGUGGCGAUUGCAGCGCCAUUUGAAAACGACGGUAAAGGCGCGGUCUACAUUUACACGGCGAGGAAUAUCUUUGCAGACAAAAUGUCAGUCGAAUACACGCAGAAGGUGCAUCCAAAAGCAGUGACGACUAGAAGUUUUGGCCUGAGCUUGACUACAAUGCAAGACCACGAUAGCAACGGCUGCAAUGAAUUGGCGAUCGGAGCACCGGAAACCAACGAAGUCUUCAUUUUACGUUGUUUUCCUUCGAUUCAUUUAAAUGUCUACUCAAAGCUUCCAAAUUUACAGAUUCGUAAUAGGACAGAGAAGGAUCAGUUUACAUUCAAAGCAUGUCUCAAGGCGAAAUUUCCAAAGAAGCCACAGCAAAUUGUAGCUGAUAUAUUGGUUACUGUAAACAUAAUGCAUCCAAGCGCCAAAUUUAAACAGACUAAAAAUGGUGUUAUAACAUAUGUUGAAAAAUUGAACAGAAACAAUAAUGUAUAUUGCAGAGAUAUACAAGUUCUAACUCCUUUAGAUAAAAAUAUCGAGCUGUAUCCAAUACAAAUUGCGACUAAAGCAGAACUAAGCAAUGAUCCAAGUCUCACUGAAAUAUUUGAUGCUAACCGGGCAGUCGUUUCUGAACAUAGCACAAUAUUCGCUCUCGAUAAACUUCGGGUGUCAGAUUGCAACUUCGCAUACUGCGUACCAAAUAUACAGACGAUAACGUCGACGUCAUUUACGUCACCAUAUAUAGUGGGUUCAACGGAUACAGAAAGCAUCAAUUUAAGCAUGAUUAAUUCCGGUGAAACUGCGUAUAAUGCGUGCUUGCGCGUGCGCGUUAGCAGUGCGCGCGUCUUGCUGGCUCCUGGCUGCACGCGUGACGAACACGAUCUAAUAUGUGAGCCUGGCACUCCGCUCAAACAAAACGCAACUUGGAAUAUACCGAAUAUUAUGCUCGAAACAAAAUUCUUGACGAAUCGGGACAAAAAAAUUAAUAUCACGAUAAACACGUACAAUCAUUGCGAAAAUGAAACCGAUAAAAUAACGGAGGAAUUAGUUAUCGAAUUACAAAACGAUCUUACAAAUUUAGUUUUGACAAGCGAAGCAAUACCGGCCGAAGUUGUUAAUAUUUCAUACAUUAAUUUGGACACAGAAAUCAGUCAUUUUUACACGAUUACAAACAAAGGUUCUACAAACUGGGUUGACAUGAGAAGUGAAAUAAUACUCGAUAGUAAAUAUGCGGAAAUCAAGAACCCAAUAAUAAUUUACACAAAUAAUCAAAAUAUGACCUGUAACCAUGACUCGAAGUCAUAUUGUGAUAUCGACGAAAUUAGAAAAAAUCAAAAAAUAUAUAUAAUGGUAAACUUGAGAAUACCACCAAUAGCAGAGGAAGAGUUCAAAAACAUCAGUAUUAUAACGCGGCUAAAUUUAAUUGAAAAUGAAGAAAUAAAAACGUUAAGUGCGCUGAGUAUAUUAGUAAGAGUUGAAUUGCCACAUAUCGCCUUCUGGAUCUACUUAGCCGCAGGCAUAAUCGCUAUUCUUGUCUUAGUCAUUAUAAUAAUUAUAUUUUACGAAUGUGGUUUCUUGCAACGAAAGAACAAGGAAAAAUUGAUAGAUCUAAAGAAAGACGUCAGAAGACAGAGUAUGAGACGAACAAUGUUACUGCGCGAGAGCAUGCGGUCUGCGCAGGCGCGAGAAGGUUCCAGCGCACCUGACGAUCAGAAUAAACUACUUGAAGUCGAUAAUAAGGAAAAUCCGACUGACUUGUAACUAAAGAAGUGCAAUAAAUUCAUUCAACAUUUUUAAUGUUUCUGGGACGUAAACGUGUUAACAUCUAAAGUUUUUCAGUUUUCAUAAACUUAUAAAUAAAGUUCUCGUGU